CUUUCUUUUCGUUUCCGGCUGUCACUUUGUGUGUGUGUCGCACGUGAAUUUUUUAAUAGAAAAAUCACAAUUUAUUAACAAAAUAUGGAUAAACCUGUUGUUUGGGCACGUGUUAUCAAAGUCUUGGGCCGCACUGGCUCCCAGGGUCAAUGUACCCAAGUCAAAGUGGAGUUCCUUGGUGAACAAAACCGUCAAAUCAUCCGCAACGUUAAGGGACCAGUUCGUGAAGGCGAUAUCUUGACAUUGUUGGAAUCUGAACGUGAAGCCAGAAGACUUCGCUGAAAGAGGAGCUGUGUUCAAAGCUGGAGGGAGGAUAAUGACACAUUGGAAAUCUUUUUUUUACUGUAAUGUGAUGUACAUUUAACAACAUGAAGGUUUUAGUGAUGACAUCAAUAAAAAGCCUCUGGAAAGUUUUGAAGAUUUAAGACAAAA